AGCAUGAUUGCUGGAUCAUAUGACUAUGGAAAUGAUGUUAGACAAAAAGCAAAUUCAAGUGAUUUUCUUGUUCAAGUUCAAAAUGGGUCAUAAAGCAGCAGAGACAGCUCGCAGUGUCACCAAUGCAUUUGGCCCAGGAAUUGCUAACAAAGGUACAGUGCAGUGGUGGUUCAAGAAGUUUUGCAAAGGAGACAAGAGCCUUGAAGAUGAGGAGCGUAGUGGCCAGCCAUCGAAAGUUGGCAACGACCAGUUGAGAGCAAUCAUCGAAGCUGGUCCUCUUACAGCAACACUAGAAGUUGCCGAAGAACUCAACAUCGACCAUCCUACAGUCAUUCGGCAUUCGAAGCAAAUUAGAAGGGUGUAAAAGCUUGAUAAGUGGGUGCCUCGUGAGCUGACUGAAAAAAAAAUCGUCAUUUUGAAGUGUUGUCUUCUCUUACUUUGUGCAACAACAAUGAACCAUUUCUCGAUCAGACUGUGACAUGUGACGAUAAGUGGAUUUUAUACGACAACCGGUGAUGGCCAGCUUGGUGGUUGGACCGAGAAGAAGCUCCAGAGUACCUCCCAAAGCCAAACGUGUACCAAAAAAGUUCAUGGUCACUGUUUGAUGGUCUGCUGCCGAUCUGAUCCACUACAGCUUUCUGAGUUCCAGCGAAACCAUUACAUCUGAGAAGUAUGCUCAGUAAAUAAAUGAGAUGCAUGGAAAACUGCAAUGCCUGCAGCCAGCAUUGAUCAACAUAAAGGUCCCAGUCCUUCUCCACGAUGAUGCCUGACAAUGCAUUGCACAACCAAUACUUCAAACGUUGAAUGAAUUGGGCUACAAAGUUUUGCCUCAUCCGCCAAUUUCACCUUCUCACCAACUGACUACCACUUCUUCAAGCAUCUCAGCAACUUUUUGCAGGGAAAAUGUUUCCACAACCAGAAUGCAGAAAAAGCUUUCCACGAGUUUAUCGAAUCCCAGAGCACGCAUUUUUAUACCACAGGAAGAAAUAAACUUAUUUCUCAUUGGCAAAAAUGUAUUGAUUGUAAUGUUACCUAUUUUGAUUAAUAAAGAU